AAGUAGAUUACAAGCUAAGUGAAAGUAACUGCCAACAACCACGUUGGUGGGAAGAUUGAAGCUUAUCAAUGAGCCUGAGGAUAUUUGUGUGUAAACGGGGCAGACGCUUGGAUGCAACACCUGGAUAACACCUGUAAUCUGGAGCAUUGAUUUAUUUCGGCUCGAUGUCGCUCAUUUGGCUGAUGCUGCUGUUCUCAGCCCAUUUGUCCGAAUGUGUGCCAGAGAAGCCAAAGAGGUCAGCGCUGAACCAGCUGACCAGGACCCUGCUGAGACAAUAUGACUGCGGUGUCCGGCCUGUUCACAACUGGACCAGUGCUACCACAGUCUCCAUAGACCUCAUACUGCAGUCUGUCCUUGGAGUGGAUGGAAAAACACAGAGUAUGACAAUUAGUAUUUGGUACAGACAGAUCUGGACUGAUGAGUUCCUGGUUUGGGAUCCAGAGGAGUUUGAUGGCAUCACAGAAAUCUCGCUGUCAUCAGAUGCAAUCUGGAUUCCUGAUGUCAUCGUCAGUGAACUUGUGGAUGGAGGGAAAUCUCCACCGAUCCCUUAUGUUUACGUCAACUCCUCCGGCUCAGUGAAGAACUAUAGGCCCAUGCAGGUGGUGCUGGCCUGCAGCCUGGAGAUGUACGCGUUUCCCUUUGACAAGCAGAACUGCAGCCUCACAUUCCGCAGCUGGCUGCACUCAGUUAAUGAAAUAGACCUCUCGCUGUGGAGGAGCGCAGAGGCCAUCGCUAAUGACAAGAGGGAGUUCAUGAAUGACGGGGAAUGGGAGCUGCUGUCUAUCCCUUCACGCUACUGGCAAAUCCACCACGACAACACCGACUACGCACACAUUCAGUUCAAUGUUUUGAUCCGCCGGCGCCCCCUACUGUACGUGGUGGGUCUCCUCAUACCCAGUAUCUUCCUCAUGCUGGUGGAUGUGAUCAGCUUCUAUCUGCCUCCAGAUAGUGGCGUACGCAUCGCCUUCAAGAUCAGCAUACUGUUGGGCUACACCGUCUUCAGAGUCAACCUGACGGACGAACUGCCCUCCUCUGCUGUCACGACUCCGCUUAUCGGUGUGUUCUUUGUGGUGUGCAUGGCCAUGCUGAUGCUCAGCCUGACCAAAUCCAUACUAGUGGUGAAGCUGCUCCACCACAGUGAGAAGGAGGUCAGGGAAAUGUCGGUGUCCGCCUGCCUGCUGGACAAGUACGGCUCAAGUGGUCACGACUUCAACGACAGCGCUGUGACCUCCGUCAAAACCCUUGAACACAUCAACGAGAGUGAUGAUUAUGAGCUGGACUCCUCACUGGAGGGUGAUUUGCUGUCCCUGACUGAGAUCCAGGAGGUUUCUCCUGGGCCGGAGUGGCUCCUCCAGGAGCUGAUUUCUCUUCGCUUGGCUCUAUCCCAGGAGGACAGCGAGUCCGCAGCUCAGGGUGAUUGGCUGGCCCUGUGCUCAAAGCUCGACUGCUUGCUGUUCCGUCUCUACCUGUUGGUGCUGGCCCUGUACGCUGGUACUCUGCUGCUGCUCUGGGCCACCUGGAGCUUUGCCUGAACUCAUGCUCAAAGACUUUGUUGAUUUUUACUGAAUAGAACAAGCUUCUUGUGUGAUGAUGUUGCCGGAUGUAGAUCUUUAAAAAAAAAGAAAAUCCUAAAAUUGAUAAAUUAUAUUUUUCAGUUGAUUAAAGUAAUUAUUUUUAACAUUGAUAGUUUGAUCUUCAAUGUAUUCAAUAUAAAGAAAUCUAAUAAAGGCAACCAAUAGUUACUGUCGAUUUGAUAUGGUAAAAGAAUCAUAUUCACGUUAAAUCCAACAGUUGACCAUUUUAUUGUGUAUAUUAUUGUUGUUUACCAAAUAAAGUAC